AUGUUGUUUUAUUUGGCAAGCCAGUACCCGAAAGCUGCCAUCUUCGGAUUAGCGCGAUUUGGCUUGACUUUAGUAGCGAUUCCACUUAUCUCAAUCUGUAAAUUUUUGCUAUGGAAAUAUAGGCCAUCCAAAAGGCAUGAUAGAGGGGAGCCAAAAAAAUGUUCAAAGAUAGCAUGCUACAUCUGUGCUGCACGAGGGCAACAUCCUAAAUGGUUCAACUCUAUGUUUUCUGCUAAAAAUUAUACCAAUUAG